CUGCCCGCACCGGCCCGCCCACCGGUUGCUCUCGCCCCGCCUCUCUCUGAGAGCUACGCGGCGGCGCAGCACAGGCCUCGUGCGGUAACGGCCUCCGGGCAGCCGCGGUGGCGUCCCGGUGCAGUCCUCAGGUGACGGGGGCCGCGGGCUCGGCGGAGGGGAAGAUCAAAAUGUAGGACUCUCAGCUCUUUCUCCAGCACCAUGUCUGCCUGUAUGCCACCAUGUCCCACCUUGAUGAUAAUGGACUAAACCUCUGAAACUUACCGAAGCUGCUGAAAGAUGGCUGAAGAAGUGGUGGUGGUAGCCAAGUUUGAUUAUGUGGCGCAGCAAGAACAAGAGCUGGAUAUCAAGAAGAAUGAAAGAUUAUGGCUUCUGGAUGAUUCCAAAUCCUGGUGGCGAGUUCGCAAUUCCAUGAAUAAAACGGGUUUUGUCCCUUCUAACUAUGUGGAAAGAAAAAAUAGUGCUCGGAAAGCAUCUAUUGUUAAAAACCUGAAGGAUACCUUAGGCAUUGGAAAAGUGAAAAGAAAACCUAGUGUUCCAGAUACCGCAUCUCCUGCUGAUGAUAGCUUUGUUGAUCCAGGGGAACGUCUCUAUGACCUCAACAUGCCUGCUUUUGUGAAAUUUAACUACAUGGCUGAGAGAGAGGAUGAACUGUCAUUGAUAAAAGGGACGAAGGUCAUCGUCAUGGAGAAGUGCAGUGAUGGGUGGUGGCGUGGCAGCUACAAUGGACAGAUUGGAUGGUUUCCUUCAAACUAUGUGACUGAAGAAGGUGACAGUCCUUUGGGUGACCAUGUAGGUUCUCUGUCAGAGAAAUUGGCAGCAGUUGUCAAUAACCUAAAUACGGGUCAAGUAUUGCAUGUGGUACAGGCUCUUUACCCGUUCAGCUCAUCCAAUGAUGAAGAACUCAAUUUUGAGAAAGGUGAUGUAAUGGAUGUUAUUGAAAAGCCGGAAAAUGACCCAGAAUGGUGGAAAUGCAGGAAAAUCAAUGGCAUGGUUGGCCUGGUGCCAAAAAACUAUGUUACCAUCAUGCAGAAUAAUCCAUUAACCUCAGGUUUGGAACCAUCGCCUCCACAGUGUGAUUACAUUAGGCCUUCACUCACUGGAAAGUUUGCUGGCAAUCCUUGGUAUUAUGGCAAAGUUACCAGGCACCAGGCAGAAAUGGCAUUAAAUGAAAGGGGGCAUGAAGGAGACUUCCUCAUUCGUGAUAGUGAAUCUUCGCCAAAUGAUUUCUCAGUAUCACUAAAAGCACAAGGGAAAAACAAGCAUUUUAAAGUCCAACUAAAAGAGACUGUGUACUGCAUUGGGCAGCGGAAAUUCAGCACCAUGGAGGAACUUGUAGAACAUUACAAAAAGGCACCGAUCUUUACAAGUGAACAAGGAGAAAAACUGUAUCUAGUCAAACAUUUGUCUUGAUACUCAUCAGCAGUGACUGCUACACAGCUUUAACUCGUCAUGUUAAUUGAAGACUGAGUGCGUGUUGGGCCAAUUGUGCUUGCUUGGAAAGUGCUGUUUCUAACUGUAUGAGAACUGACUGUAAUACAUGAGUAUUUUUGUUAUAACUCAACCCAUACACAUAUAUCUACAUGUGCAGUGCAUCGCUAUAGAAGAGCUCUUUAUUCUUGGUCUUCUGUCUUACUGUCUUCUUUGCUAUUUUUUUCUUUCCUUCCAACAAUUAAGGUUUUGUAUUCUGAAAAAGAAUAAUUUGGUUCAAAAAUCUUUAUAUGGAAGAAUUCUUUUAUUGAUGUUUCUUUAUUUCCUUGUAAAGACAUUCUUUUUUCCCAUAGUUCCUCUUCACAUAAAAUUAUACCUAUAUGACAUAUGCUAAAGUACAUUUCUUGUAAAAUGUUAAUCUUUUCUGUGACAAAAUAGCAAUAAUAAACAGAAAACCAGAAAUUAUUUUCAGAUAUUGUAUCUGUCACAAGCCAUUGUAAAUAUAAAGUAUGUUGUUUGUGCCUUCAUUUUAAAAUCCAUUCAUUAUAUUCAAAAGGCCCUGGAUAUAGGUUAGAAAACGUAAUUUAUAGCUAUUUAAACAAAAAUGUUAAGAAUUUAGCAAGUGUCUUUUUGCCUCACUUGGUUGUUCAAAGGAACAAAGCAGUCCCUGACAGAUGUUGAAAUGAAAUGGAUGUUUCUAGUGUUCCUUGACCAAAGUAUGUUGUAUUAGAUGAUGCCAUAUUUACACCACUGUGAAGUAAGUCAUAGCCAAGUGUGGGGAAAAUAGUAAACAAUAAGAUGUGAAAAUGUUUUUUCUCUCUAAAUAUCAGAAUUCUACAUGGCAGUAAUUUAAAGUUUUCUCCUUUCAGCAUCCUAACCUCUCCUCUCAAUAUUUGGUCAGAUUUACUGAAAAAUCAUUUUUUGACACUGUUGCAUAUUGAACCCAGGGUUUCACACAUGAUAAACAGGUGCUCUGCCGCUGCAUAAUACCUCUAGCCCCUCAUCUUUUAGUUUCUUUAACUGGGACACUGAAAUGAUGUGCUGUGGGGAAAUGUGCUAUAGUUCAGUAAACUGUAUUAUUUAAAAUUUUUAUUUUCCAUCUAAUACUUUGUGUGUGUAAAUGAGAGACCAAAGUAUUGAAUCUUCUGUUGGUCCUCCUCAUCCUGUGAAUUUAAAUUUAAGCAAAGUAACAAAAACCCCUAAUGCCACGGGAGCACAAGAACAUUGCUGUUCUUUGCUGUUUUAAGCACUAAUGUACCAAAAUUAUAGCUGGUAAAAAUUAAAGUUGUGUAAUUUCACCUUUUUCUUCAUUGUAGUAGUUAAAAAUUAAAUCUUAAAAUCACUUGAAGGCUGAUGUUGCCACUGGGUGGCAGCCCUGGCCUCUCCCACUAACUAGAAGUCAACAAAUAUAAUGUAUGAUGUAUGAAUUCCCAUCUUUAUAACACCUGCUUUCAAAGCUUUUUAAUUUACAUUUGUCUUUGAGUGCUCUUGUUUAAGGUAAAUGGUAGUAGAUUAGUGUAAAUAAAUGUUAUAUAUGCUUACCUGCAGGGCUGUAAAAUGCUAUGAAUACUAAGAAAAACAGUUUAAAAGUGG